AUGGAUCGCCGUGGUGGACGCGGUGGAGCGCGUGACCGCGACCGCGGUCACGACCGGCGAAGAGAUUAUGACAGACGCAGCGAUCGCAGAGAUGACAGGAGGGACGACAGAAGAAGGGACGAGCGAGGCCCGCGAAGGGACAGAUCUCGCUCAGCAUCUCCGGGGAGAGACGCCCGACGCGACCGGGAUCAGGAUCGCAGCCGUGGCGGCGCACGCGAUCGCAGAGAUGCGCCAUCCGACAGGUACCGUGAUAGGGAACGAGAUAGGGACUACGGUCGAGACCGCGACAGGGGCGAGCGCGAUGCGCCCAAAUCUUCAGACAGGCGGCCCCAAGACGACCGAAAGGAACGUCCCAGAGUUGCCAGCAGAGAACCCGAUGAGGCAAAGCCGAACAAGCCCGGGGCGAAAGACGUGCCGGAAAAGAAGGAGCAGUGGUCCGAACAUAACCCUCCACUCCCAACACGUCCCAAGAGCGAGAGAAGUACGCCACUAUCGUUCCGAGUCGGUAAGACCGAGGAGGAUACGUCUCGUGCUACCAAAAAUGACGACAGCCGGGAGAGGGAUGCUCGAGAAAGAGGCGCAAGUCACGACAGGAGCGAAGCCAUGGACGAAGACGAAGACGAGAAAGAAGAGGGAGAGGAGGAAGACGAAGACGAGGAGGAGGUAGAGGUGGAUGAUAGCCUGGCAGAUAUGCAAUCCAUGAUGGGAUUUGGGGGGUUUGGCACAACCAAGAACACGAAAGUGCUGGGGAACAAUGUCGGGGCGGUGAGGAAAGAGAAGAAGACCGAGUAUCGGCAGUACAUGAACCGUGUCGGAGGGUUCAACCGUCCUCUGAGCCCUGGCCGCUGA